UUCACGGGAAGAAAUACAUCCUGAAUGCCAGGGUGUGGAAAAGGCAACCAGACAGAGCCAAAGUCUUACUUCACAUCAGAGAGAGUUCACAGAGAAACCUUACAAAUGUCAGGAGUGUGGAAAAAGACUUUGGGAGUAGUGGACACCCUCACUUCCCAUCCAACCCAAAGAAUUCAUACAGGGGAGAAACCAUAUAAAUGCCCAGAGUGUGGGAAAGACUUCAGUCGGAAAGAAAAUCUUAUUUCUCAUCAAAAAUUUCACUUUGUGGAGAAACCCUAUAAAUGUCCAGAAUGUGGCAAACACUUUCGUGACAGUGAAAACCUCACCUCCCAUCGAAGAGUUCACAUAGGGGAGAAACCAUACAAAUGCCUGGAGUGUGGAAAAGGGUUCAAUCAGAGUGUAUAUCUAACUUCCCAUCAAAGAGUUCACACAGGGGAGAAACCAUAUAAAUGCCCGGUGUGUGGAAAAGACUUUCGUAACAAAUCAGAACUUACUUCCCAUCAAAGAAUUCACACAGGGGAGAAACUGUACAAAUGCCUGGAGUGUGGAGUAGCCUUCAAGCACAGUGCCAGCCUCACUUCCCAUCAAAGACGUCACACGGGGGAGAAACCAUAUCAAUGCCUGGAAUGUGGGAAAGACUUCAGUAGGAGUGACAGCCUUAUUUCCCAUCAAAGAAUUCAUGCAGGGGAGAAACCAUAGAAAUGCCUGGAGUGUGGAAAAAGCUUCAGCUGGUCUCCCACCUUACUUACCAUCAAAGAAAUAAUGUGGUAGCAAUCAUAGUAAAUACAGCUAACCAGUCUCCAUUCUCUGCUGCAGUCUCCCUGAUAGCAUUUAGCUCAGACACUUCUUAUUGACGGCUGACCUUUCUUUCUGAUGAGGCCACCACUUCAAAUAUGAAAACACUGGCCUACAGUAUCCUAAAUAUUCUCUGUAGACUCCAUUUUAAGAGCUAAUUGUCUCUCUUUUGGUUGUUUUGAUCUAGAUUACCUUUUUCUCUAUUGACUUCACUCUCUCUUUGACGCAAGUUUUCUUCUGGCCAUAUUAUAUUGUGUUUUUUUCUCUUCUUUUUCCUCCUGAAUCCUCAAUCACUUCCUGUAUUAUACAUACUUAGCCUGGUUAUCAUAGAAUCAUAAAAUUGGAAGAGACCACUGGGGGCUCCAGUUCAACUCCCGGCCAUGCAGGAACACACAGUCAAAGUCCUCCUGACAGAUGGCCAUUCAGCUUCUGUUGAAAACCUCCAAAGAAGAAGACUCCACCAUCCGCCGAGGCGGCGGAUUGCAGUGUCAAAUAUCCCUUAGCAUCAGAAUUUUCUACCUAAUGUAUAGGUGGAAUUUCAUUCCUUCACCGUGAAAGCAUUACUCAAUGUCCUAGUCUCUGGAGCAGCAGAAAACAAGCUUGCCCCCAUUUCUACAUGACAUCCCUUCAGAUAUUUAAAUAUGGCUGUCAUGUCCAUCCAUCCCCCCACCCUUAACCUUGUCUUCUUUAAACUUAACAUACCCAUCUCCCUAAGUCUCUUCUCAUAGGGCAUGGAUUCCAGACCUUCUACCAUUUGAUCACCUUCCUCUGGGCCCACUCCAAUAUUUUUCAUGCACUGUGGUGCCCAUAACUGGAUGCAGUAUUGCAGGUGAGCUCUGAGCCAUGCAGAAUAGAGUGGUACUAUUACUUCCCUGAGUUCCAACCCAUAGUAUUGAUCAAAUAAAGUAUUGGAAACUGUCAUCCUUUUAUGCAUUGCCCCCACAUUUCAAUGGGGCUCAUAGAGCAGGGCCUCCUUGAUUAAUUCCACCCUGUUGUGGGACAAAUCCUUUUGUCACCACCGAAUGACAAACUCAUGGGCAGCAAGAUCUGCUCUCCCCCAUCUGAUUCAUUGCAGAGCCUGGCAACUGCAUUUUUCCCAGGGCAGAAAGUUUUUUUUCAGAAUAUCCUCUUUCAAAGCAGACGAAAACUCUAUUAAGUGGCUGAUGAUCGGCCCUGGGUGGAAGAGGUAUUUAUUUGUGAUACGUAUUGGAAAACAGAGCUCCAAAUCCUCCAAUAACCAUUUACUGUUUGGAAUUGAAGUAAAGCGUGAGAAAGAUUCCUGCUUCGGUUAAAAGCAGACCUCCGGGAAGAUGAUUGAGUAGUGAUCUCUACGGGAGGAAGUAGAACAAAUCGAAGUCUUGGAAGUGCCUUCCCAGAGGAGUAGCAACAUGAGAAGAUCCAGAGCGCUGGCAUCACAGCGCUGGGACCCUCGUACCUUCAGGACCGCAUUACCCCAUAGGUCCCAACUCGACCUCUGCGCUCAGCAGAGGCCAAUUUACUGGAGGUCCCCGGCCCCUCAAUGAUGCGGCUGGCCU